AGAUUAAUUAACACUUGGUCUGAAAGAAGUGUUUAUGAAUCACAUUCGGAUCAGAAACAAAAUCUUCUUCUUCUUCUUCUUCUUCUUUCUUCUCAUCUCAUGUUCAUAAUUUCAGAAACACAGUUAAACAUUCAAAACAACAACCGAGUGAGUAAUACUAAUAACACAACACACAAACCAAACAGACACACAUAAUAACAAGGUCUUGUUCUUGUUCCUGCGAUUCGCAAAAUUCACCUUUGUUUCUCGUGAUUCUUAAUUUCUCUUCUCAACAACAAGGUUUUGUAUUUACUCAGCUGAAGAAAUAUUUCACAUUUUCACCAAUGAUUUGUUCCAUAUAAAUUUGAGUGAUGUUGAAAUAACAAAAUUUCAACUAGUUUUUCGGCGUUUUUAUAUAGUUAGUAUCUGCACAUUUAAGGGCCGAACGAGCUUCUUGGUCGAAGAAUGUCUGGGCCAUUGUACAGAGGUGUGUCUGGGAUUCGGAUCCCGGAUAAUAGUAUGGAUUCGUGGGAUUCACAAUCGAAAGAUAAAACGGAAAAAGAUGGUUUGGAUAGAAGAGGUUCUUCUGAUCAGAGUCCUUUACAUUUGUCAUCGCCCUUUAGGUUGCUUUUUGCAGAUAAUAGUUCACAUUCUAAAUUUGGUGUCACCGAGAAUGGUUUCUCACCUGAUCCGUUUAUUCUUGGCACUCCUAGAAGUCGGCAUAAGUUGAUUCUUCUUUUCAUGAAGUUUAGUAUAGUGUUGAUAGUUAUUCUUGCUCUUGCUGGGUCGUUUUGGUGGACGGUCUCGAUUUCAACUACAUCAAGAGGUCAAAUUUACCAUGGUUAUAGAAGACUUCAAGAGAAACUUGUAUCGGACCUUUUGGAUAUCGGAGAGAUUUCUUAUGCUCCUUCAAGACUGAAAGAAUUGGAAUUCUGUUCUCAGGAGUUUGAAAACUAUGUUCCUUGUUUUAAUGUUUCUGAUAAUCUAGCUCAGGGUUACUCCGAUGGCAGUGAGUUUGAUCGGCAAUGUGGCCGCGAGCUUAGGCAAGAUUGUUUACUUCUCUCGCCGAUGAAUUACAAAAUUCCUCUUCGGUGGCCUACUGGAAGGGAUGUUAUCUGGAUUUCUAAUGUUAAAAUCACUGCACAGGAAGUUCUUUCUUCUGGAAGCUUGACCAAGAGGAUGAUGAUGCUCGAUGAAGAGCAAAUUUCCUUUCGUUCUGCCUCCCUUAUGUUUGAUGGUGUUGAAGACUACUCACACCAAAUCGCAGAAAUGAUUGGACUUAGAAAUGAAUCUAACUUCAUACAAGCAGGGAUUAGAACCAUACUGGACAUUGGUUGUGGCUAUGGUAGCUUUGGAGCGCACCUCUUUCACAGUCAACUUUUAACUAUGUGCAUUGCAAAUUAUGAGCCUUCCGGAAGUCAAGUUCAACUUACACUUGAGAGGGGUCUUCCUGCUAUGGUUGCUUCUUUCGCUACAAAACAGUUGCCUUAUGCAUCUCUCUCCUUUGAUAUGCUGCAUUGUGCUAGAUGUGGCAUAGAUUGGGAUCAGAAAGAUGGAAUUCUCUUGAUUGAAGCUGAUAGACUUUUAAAACCUGGGGGCUACUUUGUCUGGACUUCGCCGCUUACAAAUGCUCGCAACAAAGACAGUCAGAAAAGGUGGAAGUUGAUACACGAUUUUGCAGAAAACCUUUGCUGGGAUAUGCUAUCACAGCAAGAUGAAACUGUUGUAUGGAAGAAAAUUAGUAAAAGAAAAUGCUAUAGUUCAAGAAAGAACAGCUCUCCUCCUCCUCCUUUAUGCAGUAGAGGCUAUGAUGUGGAGUCUCCAUACUAUCGAGAACUGCAAAAUUGCAUCGGAGGAACACAUAGCAGCCGUUGGAUUUCUAUUGAAGAGAGAGCAACCUGGCCUUCCAGGGAUUACCCGAACAAGAACGAGCUUGAAAUAUAUGGAUUGCAACCCGAUGAAUUUGCCGAGGACGCCGAAAGCUGGAAGGCAGCAGUACAAAAUUAUUGGUCUCUUUUGUCACCUUUGAUAUUUUCCGAUCAUCCAAAGAGACCUGGUGAUGAGGACCCUCCACCACCUUUCAACAUGCUAAGAAACGUGCUAGACAUGAAUGCUCAUUUUGGUGGUUUUAAUUCUGCCUUGUUGCAGUCUAAAAAAUCCGUGUGGGUCAUGAAUGUGGUGCCGACGAGUGGACUCAACUAUCUUCCUAUGAUCCAGGACCGCGGUUAUGUUGGUGUUUUGCAUGAUUGGUGUGAAGCCUUUCCAACAUACCCUAGAACCUAUGACUUGGUACACGCAGCAGGGUUUUUAUCCCUUCAAACUUCUCAGCAGUACAGAUGUACCAUGCUUGAUAUAUUCAUUGAAAUUGACAGGUUACUUCGCCCAGAGGGUUGGAUUAUAAUUCGCGACACGGUUCCUUUAAUAGAAUCAGCGAGAACUUUGACAACUCGGCUAAAGUGGGACGCAAGAGUCAUAGAAAUCGAAAGUGAUAGUGAUCAGAGACUCCUGAUCUGCCAGAAGCCUUUCUUUAAGAGACAAGCAAAUUAAUUCAUUCAAGUCCUGAAGAAAUCAAACCAUAGUAUUCAUAUAUUCAUUUUCAUAAUGUUCAUUUAUUAUCAUAAUGGUCCGCCAUAGAAAGUGGGGAUUGAAAAUUUUGGACAGAAAAGAGCUGGCAAAGAUAAUAGUGGAAAGAAAAAGAGUGAAUGCUCGUCAUCGAUACAUCACAACUCCUAUGUAACCGUAAGGUUUAUACAUAGGACCAUGUAAUUACCAAACAAAGAGCAGAACAAAUGAGGAAGUAUACUGUUAGAUAUGAUUUUUCUCUUGUGAUGUCUGAUUACAGUUACACGGACUUAUGAUUAAUAUUGAAAAGAUUAUGAAAAAACAAGUUAUUUUUGUUUGCUGUGGUGUAUAAAAUGCUCAGUGGUUGAUUCCCCUUAUUGCAAAUAGAAGCAUUAUUCUUCUCCUUA